GCCGCGGCCCACCUCCUCACCUCCGCGUUGUUCCAAGCGCCACGGCGAAUGUCUACGUUAGAAAACUCUCGCCAAAUAUAAACAUCGAGCUCAAGGAGAGACCGAGGGGGAGAUUUGACGACAGAUUUCUCGCGAAGCGAAGAAGCUUCCAUUGCCAGAUCCCUCCCGCUUCCGCCCCCGUUGUUCCAUUCGAGCCGACCGUUUCCACCAACGCUCCCUCCUCCUCGGAGCGACCCGCCCGCCGUGCUCGGCCGACAUGUGGGCCCCGGCGGCCUCGCCGGCGGGCAGAGCGCCCCGACCACCCCUGCGGUUGCCGGCGGUGGUUCGGGUCGUCGUCCCGCUGCCUGUCGCGGCGAGGGCGCGGCGGCUGCCGCUGCAGCCCAGUCGGCUCUGCCUAGCCGCGCCGCGUGCAUCGGAAAUGGCGGCCGCGGCCGAGGACGGGGAGGGGGAGGGGGAGAGGAGGUGGUGGAGGGGCGCGGAGGAGAUGGACGCGGCUGUGAGGCGCGAGCUGGCGAUCCGGAGGCUGCAGGAGGAAGCGGAGGAGGCGGGGACGGGGAGGAGUAGGCGGGAGUUCGCCGUGUUCGAGACGGCAAGGGGAGACACGCUCUUCACCCAGUCGUGGACUCCCGCCGCCGCCGACCCCGUCAGGGGUAUUGUUGUUCUGCUACAUGGUCUGAAUGAGCAUAGUGGAAGAUACGACCAUUUUGCAAAGUUGUUGAAUGAUCAAGGUCUUAAAGUUUAUGCGAUGGACUGGAUCGGACAUGGCGGAAGUGAUGGUGCGCAUGGUUAUGUUUCAUCGCUUGAUCAUGCUGUUGGUGACUUGAAAGAAUUUUUAGAGGAUGUCGUCUUAGAAGAAAACUAUGGCUUGCCAUGCUUCUUAUUUGGCCACUCCACAGGUGGAGCUAUUGUUUUGAAGGCAGCACUAGACCCUUGUGUGGAAGUUCAUAUAGAAGGUUUGAUCUUGACCUCGCCAGCUAUUCACGUUCAGCCAUCUCAUCCGAUUAUCAAAGUUGUUGCACCAAUCUUCUCGGUGCUAGCUCCGAAAUACCGGGUUAGUGCUUUGCAUAAGAGAGGACCUCCUGUUUCCCGUGAUCCAGAGGCUCUGAAGAUCAAGUAUGCAGAUCCACUUGUGUAUACUGGACCGAUUAGAGUUAGAACAGGCAACGAAAUCCUCCGGAUAUCAUCAUACUUGCAGAGAAACUUAAGUAGAGUUACAGUCCCUUUUCUAGUUCUUCAUGGGACAGCUGACACGAUAACUGACCCAAGAGCAUCCCAACGACUUUACCAAGCAUCAAUGUCGACUCAUAAAUCGAUAAAGCUAUAUGACGGAUAUUUGCAUGACCUUCUCUUCGAGCCUGAAAGGGAUGAUAUAGCCAAUGACAUCAUCACUUGGUUGAGUUCAAGACUUAAUGCUCUCCACAGAUGGUAAGGUAGUGUUGUUCACAAAUUUGUACCUAAACUAUUAUCAGAAGAUAUCUGUAUGAGGUUUGAGGUACCCCCUCUGUUCCACAGCAGCAUGCAUCGUUUCCUUUGAAAUUUUGGUCUAUACGUCGUUUGUCCUUGUACAUUGUGUUUGAUGGGUUCUGAAACAGAUACAGAUUCAGCUCAUUUCCAGUAAAUGAUAAUAUAGAAAUACUGCAAUUGGAACUUGUAACAGUAAAAAAUGUGUAGUUCAGUGUCCAUCUUUUCAUCAGUUGUGCUAUUAUCAGUAGAAAGUUCGACAAUAUAUUGAACUGCUCUUGACCAGUUAUUGAUUGAUAUACACUAAUUUAUAUGAAACAGAUACAGUUCAUGCUGGGUACAGUUCAGCUCAUCUCCAAUAAAUUAUAAUAUAGAAAUACUACAACUGCAACUUGACAGAAAAAAAAGGUGCAACUCAGUGUCCAUCUUGUCAUCAGUUAUGCUAUUGUAAAGAAGUGUAUCAAUUUGCAAAUAUAUAGAACUGCUCUUGACAAGUUAUUGAUGAUAUACACUAAUUUAUAUGAAGUGGAUAUUCACAUAGCGCCGUUGUGUCAAGCAUUAUGCACCAGUUUUUUUUUACCAAUAGAGAUUUGUUUUCCUGUGGUGGUAUUGGUUUGUUUUGCUAUCCCGCUGUGCUGAAGUUUUCGUGAUAUGAUUGUGUAACAAGUGCCAAUUAGGUGCAUGCAGUGAAUUAACAGUUCAGAAAAUGCUGCAAUCCAUCAAGUGUUAUUUGAUAUUUACAGAAGGCAGACGUUCUUAUUUGUCACUGACCGCAGAAACCCCGAUCACUUGUUUGCAUGUACACAAAAAUAUAUACUCCUAGUUUCUAUCCAUUUUAUGGAAGGCAUAUAGUGACAGUUGAACAAUCAGAUAUCUCCUUUGCUGAACUUAUAGUGGGUUUCAAUAUUACUGAAGUUAUAGUGGGUUUCCUACCAUCGUCAUAAAAGAGAAGAUACCAUGUAUCUAACUCAGACCUGAUCAUGUUUUCGGAGUUGGAUAACACAAGUUAUUAUGGGAUUAUGAGAACCAUGAUCACAUCGAUGUGGAAACUAACUGUUAUUGGAGUUAUGCUACUCAAAUUAUGUAUGUAAGCUGACAUGUAGAUAACCUCUGAGUCGCGUGCUCGUGGCUCUUCGAUCUGCAUCGUCAUAGUCUCUGGCACAUGUGAUCCUAUCAGACGGACAUCAUCCAAGUUGACCAUGCAACUCAAGUGAGCUGGUACCAGUCCGUUCUUUGUCAAGAUCUCAUCAAGGUUGCUUGCACAAUUGUUUACUGUGCCAUUUAUCUAAAUAUCUGUAAUGUGUGCUUGUAAUAUUGACUUAUGAUAAAAUCUCCCUCCGUUCCAAAAUACUUGAAGUUCAAAGUUUGUCCUAAGUCAAACUUCUUUAACUUUUGACCAAGUCUACAGAAAACUAUACAGACAUUUACAACACCACAUUAGUUCAUUAGAUUAACCAUAAAAUAUAUUUUCAUACUAUAUAUGUUUGAUAUUGUAGAUAUUAGCAAAAUUUCCUGUACACUUGGUCAAACUUAAAGAAGUUUGACUUAGGACAGACCUAGAACAUCUAGUAUUUUGGAAUGGAGGGAGUAGUUAAUUGGCAACUCUUUUCUUUGCGUGUUUAGUAGUUCCAAGCCCAAUAUUAUUUUUAAACCUCAUAUACUUCGAACUGGAGGUACACCAGAUAUAUUGUAUGCUUUUCUUGUUCUUGUUUAUAGAUAAAAGGUGUAUACCUGUUUAUCAGUAGUAUACAGAA